AUGGAUGGGCCGCCGCGUGACCGCAUGACCCGAGUCCCGGAACGCGUGACCCUGAAGAAGGAGAUCGGCCUGCUGAGUGCCUGCACCAUCAUUAUCGGCAACAUCAUUGGAUCGGGUAUCUUCAUUUCGCCCAAAGGCGUUCUGGAGCACUCUGGUUCGGUUGGCAUAGCACUACUGGUGUGGAUGUUGGGCGGCGGCAUCGCUGCGCUGGGUUCACUGUGCUACGCCGAGCUAGGUGUUGCAAUCCCCAAGUCGGGCGGUGACUACGCUUAUGUCACCGAGAUCUUCGGAGGCCUCUUAGGAUUCCUGUUACUGUGGAGCGCUGUGUUGAUUAUGUAUCCAACGACCCUGGCCGUCAUCGCGCUCACCUUUUCCAGCUAUGUGCUACAACCUGUCUUCCCCGAGUGUGCACCACCGUACGCCGCUACGCGAGUUCUGUCAGCCACCUGCCUCUUGCUGUUGACGUGGGUAAACUGCAGCAGUGUGCGCUUGGCCACCAGGAUCCAAGACAUCUUCACAGUUGGCAAGCUGCUGGCCUUGGGCCUCAUCAUCGCAGUGGGUCUGGUCCAAAUUUUCAACGGGAAUUUUGAAGCUCUGACCCCCCAGAUGGUUUUUUCCAUGGACCGGACUCCCUCAGUGGGGCAGAUGGCGCUGGCAUUCCUGCAAGCUUCCUUCGCCUUCAGUGGAUGGAACUUUCUUAACUAUGUCACGGAAGAAGUGGUGGAUCCAAGAAGGAACCUCCCUCGCGCCAUCUACAUCUCCAUCCCACUGGUGACACUGGUCUACACACUGACCAAUAUGGCCUACUUUUCGUCCAUGUCUUCUGACGAGUUACUUUCUUCCAACGCUGUUGCUGUUACUUUUGGAGAGAAACUGCUAGGUGUGUUCUCCGUCAUCAUGCCCAUCUCCGUGGCAUUGUCAACGUUCGGCGGCAUCAACGGCUACCUGUUCACUUCGUCCAGGUUGUGUUUCUCAGGUGCCAGGGAAGGUCAUCUUCCUAGCCUGUUGGCGAUGAUCCAUGUCAAAAAAUGCACCCCCAUCCCAGCUCUGCUGGUCUGCUGCACAGCCGCAAUGGUGAUCUUGUGUAUUGGGGAAACGCACAAUCUAAUCAACUACGUGUCGUUCAUCAACUAUCUGUCAUACGGUGUCACCAUCGCAGGCCUGCUCUUCUACCGCUGGAAAAAGCCCAACCUCUACCGCCCAAUUAAGGUGCAUUUGCUGGUGCCCGUGUGCUACCUAAUGUUCUGGGCGCUCCUGCUGGGCUUCAGCCUGUACUCAGAGCCUCUUGUUUGUGGCGUGGGCCUCGUCAUCAUGCUCACUGGGGUGCCCGUCUACAUUUUGGGUGUCUAUUGGAGAGCAAAACCAAAGUGUGUCAACCACUUCAUUGAGACGGUGACAUCCGUGGGCCAGAUGUUGUGUUUCGUGGUCUUUCCUCAGUUGGACCCCAUCGAGAUGACUGAGACUUCUGAGUGGAAAGAGCCAUCGUCCAGUUUGUCUCUUAACUCCUAA